AUGUCAGCCACCACGACCACCUACCAGGUUGCAUCGCCGCUCGCCGGGGAGAGCAUUGAGCUCGGGCAUCUAGACCCGGGCGCCCCCUCCGGUCGUCAACUCGGUCCGGAUACAAAGGCGGAGUCGCCGCAUGUCUCGGUCGGUGACAAUGACGGAGGAGAACCGCCGCCAGAUGCUCUCACGGAGGCCGAGAGGUGGAACCGGCCCGUCAAGAAUAUCGGCCGGCUUGCGUUUGCAUUUGUGUCCUUUGCCAUUGCGGGGAUGAAUGAUGCUGCUGUUGGCGCAUUGAUCCCAUACCUCGAAGAAUACUACAACCUCUCCUACACCGUUGUCUCCCUCAUCUUCCUCACCCCCUUCGUCGGCUACUCCAUCGCCGCCUUCACCAAUGCCCGCAUCCACGUCCGGCUCGGCCAGCGCGGCGUGGCCAUCAUGGCGCCCAUAUGCCACCUCAUCACCUUUGCCGUCCUUGCCUCGCACCCGCCGUAUCCCGCUCUCGUGGUGUGCAAUGCCAUCAGCGGCUUUGGCAACGGCCUGACCGACGCAUGCUUCUGCGCGUGGGUGGGUGCCAUGGACAAGGCGAACACGAUUCAGGGCUUUUUGCACUCGUGUUAUUCGCUGGGGGCGUUGUUUUCGCCGCUGAUUGCUACGUCGAUGGUUGUCAAAGGCGGGUUGCCUUGGUAUACAUUUUAUUAUCUCAUGAUCGGCAUGUCUGGCCUGGAAUUUGCCGGGCUUGUCAUGUUCUUCUGGGACAAGACGGGCGCCGUGUAUCGAACCGAGCACGCCCGCGGGAAUGCAGAUGCCGGGACUGCUGGAGCCGGCACUCGCGAGGCAAUGAAGUCCAAGGUUACCUGGCUCUGCGCCCUGUUCUUCUUCGCCUACAUGGGUGUAGAGGUUGGUCUCGGGGGCUGGGUCGUCACAUUCAUGCUCCGAGUCCGUCAUGCCUCCGCUUAUGCCUCUGGAAUCUCAGGCUCCGGCUUCUGGGCAGGCAUGGCACUUGGCCGCGCCGUCUUGGGGUUCGUCACGGAGCGAUUCGGCGAGAGGCUUUGUCUGGCAAUCUACCUCUGCGUCUGUCUCGGCCUCCAGCUGCUGUUCUGGCUCGUGCCCCAGUUUGUUGUCUCUGCCGUUGCCGUCGCCUUUCUGGGCUUCUUUCUGGGCCCGAUGUUUCCCGGGGCUGUCAUGGUGACGGCCAAGCUGCUGCCCAAGCGUAUCCAUGUGAGCGCCAUUGGGUUUGCCAUGGCCAUGGGAGGGACAGGAGGGACGGUGUUUCCGUUCAUCAUCGGUGCGAUUGCGUCUCAUAAAGGCGUUUCGGUGUUGCAGCCUAUUAUUCUGGCGCUGAUUGUGGUAAUCUCGGUGGUUUGGUUGAGCUUUCCUCGGAUCCAAAAGCGAGACUGA